AUGAUAAGAGAUGCAAGCUCUUUUUUUAAUCGAAUAGAUUAAUCUUUAGAUUACAUCAUAUCUCUACUUUCAAUUGGAUUAGAAGUUUAUUUACAAUAAUAUUUGGACGUAUUAUAAUAUUUUAGUUUGGGUUUAUUAGGCCUAGCAGGAAUAUCUAAAAUGAUACAAAAGAAGAAAGUGUUUGGAAUUUAGUAAGAUUAUUCACCAAUUUUCUUUUGGUCUCUGGCUUUGGUUAGGAUUGUAUUUAUAAAAAAUGUCAAUAAAGAUCAGACAGCUUAUUGGUUUUAUAUUCUGGGUUUUAGCAAUGGAUUAUAUGUGAGUAUGACCCCUCGCAGGUUUAUAAACUAGGUAGCAGAAUUAGUAAAAGCAUUUGUAUAAUUUGGAUUUCUAAUUGGUGUUUUAAUUUAUUAUUUUUCUGAGUAAUUGGUUUAGAGUAUUUUACUAAUAGUCUUAAUGCUCUUUAUCUAGUACCAAAAUUAUCGUUAAAAUGUUAAACUAUUGGAGCUGAACAAAGAUGAGUUGUUUCUUUAGAGUAACGCUCACUUAAAUGGGUCUUUGAACAAAUUUUCUUGUAAAAUUUAAGAGAAUUCAAAAUCAGUCAUAUAAAUCUAAGAGGUUGGAUCAUUAAGUAGGCAGGAAGCAUCAAUGCAUCUAAUACAGAAUUAAGUUGAUCUAUAAGCUCCUACUUAGAAUGUGAUCUGGCAGAAUUUUAUAGAAUAGAGUGAAGAUUACAUCAGUAAAUUCUAUUUCAACGUGGAUGAUUUAGAAAACAAUAUAAAUCAAGCAUAAAAUAAUUAUUCUAUGUAGAAAUUUCUACAGGAUAACAAAAGCCAAUUGAUUAAUCUAUUUAAAGACAUGAAAGUGAGUAGUGAUCUAAAUGUUAAGUUAUACGAAUCAAAUUAUCUGGAUAAAAAACAGGAUAGCCUUUUUGAUUGGAUUAAAGCUAAUGCUACUUCUUCAAACUUUUAAGAUGUUAAUUAAUAAAGGAGAUUUGAGGAAAACUUAGUUGUUAGUUCACCAAUUUGUUAACAAUCAAUUGUGAUGUUGGAUGCUUUUAUAGAGAAAUCCAUAUCUGGGUUGUCUGCUAUAUAAUUAAUUUAGGGUUCCCUUGAGGUAUCAAAUUUGAGGAAUAGAAGAAUUGCGUAUGGACAAUAUAACGGGAAGAAAUACAAUUACAAUUUUUACAUUUAAAUAAGUUUUUUUCUCGAAGAAGUAGAUGGUGUUUAACAUCAAGUGAUAGCUGUUCUCAUUCGGGACUUGGAGAAGUAAGUUAAACAAAUCAAAUCAAACCUGAAGAAUAUUUAAAAAAUAAAUUCAACAAUUAAAUUUUUGUAAUAGCAAGCAGACGUAAUCUAGAGAUUGCACAGAAAGAUAGUUUUGUAAUAGAAUGCCAUUAACGAAAUUUAAAGGAGCAAUUAAAACACCCAGUUAAUUAAAAGAACAAAUAGCAUAUGUUCAUAUAAAGAUAGUGUGGAUGAUGCUUUAUCGGACUUUUCUGAGAAAGGACAAAAGAAAUUUUAAAUAACCUAAUUCAUCAAUUAAUUAUAAUUUCAAUUUUUGAGGAUAAUUCAGAACCAUUUUAAUUAUUUUGAAGUGUUCUCUGUAAAUGAUAUUAUUGAAUUUGAAAAAAAGAGGGUCGAUAUAACGCAAACCAUUUCCUUGUUAAUUAACUAGUUUCAAUAUGAUGAGAUAGUUAUUACAAAAAAGAUCAGAUUUUCCAUACAGGGGGACUUAUAAAAUAAAUAUAUAACAUCAGACUUAAGACGAUUGAAAUAAUUAUUGUUUAAUAUCAUUUACAACUCAAUAAAAUCUUAUGAAUUCGAUUAGAUAAAUUAAAAAACUUAAAGAUUGGUUUAAAUAAACCUAAAUAAUUAUGAAUAAAAUAUUCGUUUUGAGGUCAUUGAUUAUGGAUGUGGUUUGAAUGAGGAGAAUAUCAAUCCAAGAAGACUUGAUGAUUGUAAGUUAGGCUUAGCAGCAUCACAAAAGUUGAUUAAAUUAUUGGGAGGUUAUAAUAAAUAAAUAACAAUUUCUCGUUCUUAAUCACAACACUAAACAAAAGUUUAAUUUGAAUUGCCAAAUGAUUUAUACGUAGAUAAGGCGGAUAUUAUGGGAGAGGAUUUUGAUUUUGACACUAUUUAGCUAAUCUUCACUACUUGA